AUGAAGAAGCGGUCGCUCGCCGACGCGCUCGCGGCGUGGAAGGCCGAGGCGGAGGCGGGGGAGGCGGAGAAGGGGGAGGACGCGCGGCCGUCGUCGUCGGACGAUGAGGACUACAUGUCAGACUCGCUCUUGCAGCAGCUCGAGCAGGGCGACGCGCCGCGGCAAAUGACCUAUGCCGAGAAACGGGCGCAAACACUCAAAGAGCACGAGGAGCGCCAGCGGCGCGAGAUGGAGGAGGCAAACGAGCGGCGCGCCAAGCGGCAGCGUGGGCCGCUCGCGGGUGAGCAGGAGGCACGCGAGCUCGGGAUGGCCGUCAACGUCAUUGACCGCGUCGCCGCCGCCGAGGACGACGACGAGGCGCCGAAAGCGGGCAGCGGAAGCAGCGCGGCGCUGCGCAUGAUGCUUGCCAUGGGAUACCAGCCGGGCACGGCGCUGGGGGGGGAUACUGAGCACCGCGCGCCGAUCACGCCCGACCAGCGGUGGCUUAGCAAGGCGAACGAUGCAGGGCCGAAGCGGCUCGGUAUUGGACACGCCGACCUCUCGCGGCGCAUCGCCCAGGCGGCAGCCGACGUGCGCGACGCGCCGGCCGACCCCGAGUCGCAGGCCGACGCGUUCCGCAGGGGGAAGAUGCAGGAUGCGGCACAGAAGCAUACCGAGUGGCUGCUACGAAAAGCGCGCCAGAUCCUACGGGAGCUCGACGAGGAGGCGGGCGUCGAGUACAGUCCACUGUGGCUCGAUCCGUCGUCGCUGCCUGUGGGCCAUGCGUACUACCAAAAGUCGUUUUUGCGCGAAAACGAGCGCGGGACGGAGGAUGCGCUGACCUUGCUCGAGUUUGCCUUGCUAGAGGGAGGAGAGGGUGAAGGAGAAGACCAAGGGCAUGGGGACGAGCACAAGGAUCCAGAGCAAGGGGGCGCACCACAGCAAGAACAGGCCCAAGAGCAAAACGCAGGGCAGGACCAAGAGGCACACGACGACCACGACGCGUAUGCCGGCCAUGGCCAAAGCGGUGGCCUCGGCUUUGCCAAAGCCAAGGCUGGUAGGCCGGCGGGCAUUGGCUUUCAACGGGGCGCCGAUACUGACGUGUCGGCCGGCCUCGGCAUGGCCAACGCCGGUGCCGAGGCGCCUUUUGGCCUUGAUUCCCCAACAGAGGCCCGUGCAUCUGCGGGCCUCGGCCUUGCCAAUGCCGACACGGAUGCGCCUGUGGGCCUCGGCUUCCAAAAGGCAUCGAAAACACUGGGACUGGACGCUGAGCAAGCGUCUUCUCCCGACCCACGCACCUCCCUUCCUCCCCCUGCCUCGCGCCGCCUCGAUGCGGAGCGCUUCUGCUCGCUCCCCGCCUCGCUGCGUUUCGACCUGACGCAUACGCAGCUGCGUGGCGUCUACGCCUACUGCGUGCACUGUGGCCACCGCUAUGCCACCUACGACGAGCUCGUCCAAGAGUGCCCCGGCGAGAGCGAAGACGCGCAUGGAUAG